AGUGCUCUGGAGCUUCAAAUCUCCGCGCCUCUCCCGCCUCCUGAACCCGCGCCCUCUUGCCGCGCUCCCUUCGCCGCUAUGAGUCCCCUGUCCAGCCGCGCUGCCCGCCUCCCCAGCCCUUCAAGCUCGCUGUGCGCGCUGCUCGCGCUGCUGCUGCUGACGCCGCCAGGUCCCCUUGUCAGCGCUGGUCCUGUCGCGGCCGUAGUGGCAGAGCUGCGUUGCGUGUGUUUAACCAUCACACCUGGGAUUCAUCCCAAAAUGAUCAGUAGUCUGCAAGUGAUCGCCGUGGGACCGCAGUGCCCCAAGGUGGAAGUGAUAGCCACCUUGAAGAACAAGAAGGAAGUCUGUCUGGACCCAGAAGCCCCUUUGAUCAAGAAAUUCAUCCAGAAAACGUUGGACAGUGGAAACAAGAAAAAUUAAGAGGAAGGACCAUGCACUGGAAAAAU